AACAGCUUUGAUUCUUAUUUAUGUCAUGCUUACACAGGCAGGUGCGAAGGUAUGCUCCAGUCAAGAACAACUUAUGAAUGGAGAAGAAGUGACUGGUGAAUUACAGAUUUCUUACAUAAAUUAUGGUUAUAUGUACUCUGUGAUGCUUUCUCCUGACCAAUAUUCGGUAUACUUCACUAUGAAAUUUUCCAAUCCUGCUAACAAUACAGGGAUUAUCAAGACCAAUCUGAAUUUAGACAUUUUAGCAGCUAGAGUUUAUUAUAAGCCUUGUGUUGAAAGAAGUUUCUCAAUAGGCGACAACUCACUGAUCUAUUUUCAAGUCGAGUACACUAAUUAUUUCAAUGAAAUAGAUCCAAAUAGUCUAGAGAUAGCAAGGGAGAUUAAUAUAGGAGGAAUUGUGAACACAAGGAAAACUAAAUUAAUAGUUUCCUCACAAAUUUUCUUGUCUAUUCAGUAUUAAAUAAUACUUGUAAGAUUUGUAGAGUUCCCCAGACAGGUUACUCUAUGCAGUGUUUUGAUUAUGGGUCAGAAAUGUUACAUAAUUUCUUUCCAAUCACUUUGGACAAACUUUUCAUUGGAACAACAAAGGGAACAUCAGGGGACUACUAUCUAAUGGCUACAACUUUCUCUUCUCCAUCAAAUUUUGAGUAGGCAUAACUGAUCGGAUGUCCAGCAACUGGUUGAACUUCAACUCCAAGCCAAUCCAUACUCAGCGAUAAUGGAUCUUUUAUUUAUACGAUGAUAUCAUUCAACAAUGUAAUCUUUUUCUAUGUUCUUGAUGCUAUCACUGGAAAUCCUGUGACUCCAGGAGCCUAUCACUCAUCAAAUGGAGGAGAAGUCUGGACAAUUUUAGAGGUUGAUAAUUACCUUAUACUCGUUUUUGAUAUUAAUGAUGCAACCAUCAAGUAUAUGAUCUCCUGUUUUGAUCCCAUAACAGGAUCUCCUAUCUCAGAAUUUGAAAGUACAGGAACAGAUAUUUUAGGGAUGAAUAAAGUUGUCUAUCAAGGUACUUUUUUAUUGUUUAUGAGUGGCAAAAAUGACCCAAAAUUUGUGUCUAAAAGAAUGAGAGCAGACCAACUUGAUACCCUGACUCUUUUAGAGAGCAAAAGUAGCCCACGGGUGAAUGUGAGCACACAAUAUUUUGCCCAAAAUUAUUCAUUUCCGACUCCUUUGAAUUACACAACACAGACUUUUUCUGCUUCUGGAUCGAUAGCAACAACUGUGGGUGAUUUAGUAGAUUCUCAAUCUCUUACUUAUAUGACUUCUUAUCAUAAUGAAGAUUACACAGGAAAUAUUUUGGCUGAUAGUAAAGUCAAUCUUAAUUUUACCUGGGCAUGAAGCCAUCCACUCAAUGUUACAACAAUAAUUUUUAGCUUAUCCCAACUUGAUGGCGAGGCUAUCCCAGACUGGGUCUAUAUUGACACUAUGAAGGAACACAAUAAUCAGAUUAAUGAAGAGCUUGCCUUAAACAAAACUCCAGUUGUAGAAGAGGUGAAGUUAUACAAAUUUUCACUAAAGAUAGAGUCAGGAGGAGAAGCAAGAUUCAAAAAGUUUUAUAUCUAUAUUGGUCCUUGUGAAAUUAAUAAUUGUAAGACCUGAAGCUCAGGGAAUUACUCACUUUGACAAGAAUGUGACCUUGGAUACUCUGAAUCACCAACAAAUGGGAGAUGUAACAAAGUUGAGAACACAGAAGCUACGGUGUUUGUACAAGCUUUAUUUAGUAUUGGAGUCAUAGCUACUAUUGCUACUUCAAUAACUUCUUUAUCUUCACCUAAUGGAAUUUAUAGUAUCAUUAACCAACUUCAGCUCUAUGCUUUAUUGCCUAUGGUUGGCUCCUUUCUCACAGCAAAAGUAGCCAAUGUAAUAUUGGGUAUGGAUUUUACACUUCUUUCUUUUGAUUUUAUGCAGACAAGGAUAAUUUGGCCUUUUUGAACUUUGAACAAUUGAAUGUCAUAUCCUCAAGAAGAUUCAUACUUGGAAAAUCUUGGAUACAGAAGUGGUAGUUCAUUAAUAAAUACCCUCCCAAUACUUUGAAUUCUAAUCUUUCUAAUGACAUUCCAUCUUCUCCUUCUAUGAAUAAGCUGUGCAUGAAAGAAAACUCCUUCUAACACAAAACGAAAAACAAUUCUCCUAAAACUACUGAACUUCUUCCAAUUCUCCAUCUACCUCAGAUCCAUGCUCGAAUCUCUAAUGUUCAUUCUCACCUCAACCACCUCCGAACUCACCACCCCAAACUUCACCACACCCCAAAAGACACUCUCCACAUCCACAUCCCUCCUCCUCCCCCUAUUCCUCUUCUCCAAACCCCCUUCCCCACCCAGGCCCCUUCCCUCUUCAGUACAACUCCAUUUCCAAACCUCCCAGUCAGCACCCUAGUCUGACCAAGGA